AAUGGAUGAGUUUUCUCUUCCUCCUUCUCCGAACUGGUUCAGCUCCGGAACCUUGAGCAGUUCUCCGCUGGGUUUCGUGGCGUACUCUUCUCAAAACCAGAUUGUUAUUCUAGAAGUACCUGAAAUUCCUGUGAGCUCUAAUGAGAGUUGGAGAGAGGAAAGUACAGGAUUAAAUCCUCCAAAAUCAUUUAUAAUUAAUGAUGCACAUGAAGAUAAAACUAAGGUGUGUAGUGUAUCCUGGUGUCCUGAUCCUACUGGAGGACCUGCUCAGCAGAACCUGGCAUCUGCUGCUGAUGAUGGAAGUGUCAGAAUCUGGAGAUGGAGUAAGGAGUCUUGUUCCUUGGUUGGAAAACAUACUUUACAUUCAGAAAACCGAGCAAAGGUGUUUGGUUUAGACUGGAGUAAACCUGAUCCUAGCCUCGUGGUUUCAGCUGAUGAAACAGGUUGUAUUGUCUGUUGGGAUCUAACAAGUAAUAGAACCAGAAAACUGGGAUUGGGGAGAUAUUGUGUUUACAGUCUUGCUCUUCAUCCCGAGGACCCGGAUAUUGUUGGGUUUGGAUGCAAACUUGGUCUCGUCAUUAUCGCUAGUCUGGCAGGAAAUGGCAGAAUAAUUCAUAAGAUGAGAGGGCACGAUGAGGAUUGCUACGGAGUAAGCUGGUGUCCUGUUUACGGGACGGAUUGGAGACUAGUUAGCUCCAGUAGGGAUAAAACCCUGAGAAUUUGGUCCCACGCCCAAGGGAAAUCUACACAUCAACUUAAACUUCCUCAAGGAUUUAAGCGAGGUUAUCAGCAGGGACAGUCCAGUAGUUUCCUAACCUGCCACUGGUUGGAUGAGAACAGAAUUCUAUCAAGUGGAGAGAGCGGAGAACUUAUGCUGUGGGAUCUCAAUACCCCGGAGAAGAAGGACGUAUUCAAGUUUGAAAUACUGCACAGGGAGCAUAACAAGAGUCUGUUUAGUAUCUGUGUAUCAGGAAACCUGGUGUAUAGUGUAGGACAUGACCGAAUAGUUGCAGUUCUUCAGAUUAACUCCAAGCGUGUUCUCUAUUCCCUGCCAACCCUGAAUGGUUUCGCGUAUUGCUUGGCGUCGAAUCCUAUAGAUCCGAGUAUACUUGCUAUAGGAUCGGGCGACGGAUUGAUCAGGGUUUGGAAGACGGGAUCUCAGAAGCUAUUCGAUCUUCGGCACCUUCGCCUCAACCAGUCAAAAGUGAUGAGUCUAGCCUGGCAUCCAGUACGGGAGGGAUUACUAGCUCUGGGUACAGAUGAAGGUCGGGUUGGAUGGGUUGAUGCUCUGGGUUCCAGGAACCAGAUAUCCUUCAGCAACUUCCAACAUAGAGGAGGGGUGUAUAGUGUAACCUGGGGACCUGGGAUUGCAGAUGAUUCCGAUCUUGCUCUGUACACAGUAGGAGAUGGGAAACUAGUUCAACACAAUACUAAGACGGAGAAAUUUUUCGACAUAUUUUCCCUUCCUGACUUUAUCACGGGGAAUAAACCCAACGUAUCCCAAGCUCUGUGGAAAACAAUAGAUGAUAAAAACGUUUUAGUUCUAGGACUAGACGAUGGGUCGGUUCAGUUUUAUCAUAUUCCAGGAUUCAAACUUUUCAUGUCUUUAAAAAGUCACAAGAAAUUGAUCCAGAGUUUAGAGUUUAGUCCCGACUUUCUGAGUGGAGGUGAGGAGGCUAAAUACAAAGGGUGGCUUGCUACUGCAUCUAAUGAGAAUGAUAUUCAUCUCUGGGAUCUUGGUUCUAUACUGGCAGGAGCACUCAGUGCAGAACCUGGAGAAGAACCUCUUAUAUUCGUAACUCCGACUGCAGUCCUGGUUGGACACUGUCUCCGGGUAAUAGAGUUAGCUUGGAGCCCACACAAGGACGGAAAACUUGUCUCUGUGUCCUAUGAUUGUUCUGCACAAGUUUGGGAUGUGGAAACUCUUCUUCCAACCUUUAAUUUUCAGGGCCAUUCCAAGCGAUUAAUGUGUUGUAUGUGGCAUCCAACCAACCCUGAUCUGGUUAUAUCCGGAGGAGAGGAUUGUUCCUUGGUAUUCUGGAUCCCGGAGAAACAAACAGCUCAGAAACCAGUCUUGCGGAAAAAGAAGAAGGGGAAGGUUCAAGAAAUUGAGCUUCCGGAGGUAGAAAUCGAGGAAAAGAAGGAACUCAGUUUUGAAGAGCUCCUGGAGAAACACAGAAAGAGUCAGGAGAAAAGAAUUGACCCGGAGCACCAUGAACCUCAAAGGGAACCUGAACCUACAUUCUUCAACACUAAGACGGCCAAGAGAACUAAAAGAAUAACAAAGAAAUCUUUCUUCCCAGUUUCCUCCAGAACAGAGGGAGCAAACUCAUUCAAGGUUGGAGAGGAUUGUUUAAAAAUAUCAAAAUUUCGAAAUAAUGAAGACCCUUCUCAAUCCCUCUCUGAUAGGCUCCAAUCCUUGAAUCUAGACGAAACUGUUCCUGUCCUACCAGGAGCAGAAGAACAAGCCUAUCUAGGAUUUUUCUACGGAAAAGACGGAGUUUCUAGACUACUGGAAACAGAGAGUAAGGACGUUGAAGAUUUUCCAACCAAAUGCUCACAUUCUCUCUGGAUGGGAAAUCUAGAUGAGACUCUAAAGCUUGCUGAAUCUGAAGGAAGUUUGACGGAAGGACUAGUUGCUCUAUCCGCAGGGUUGAGUCAGGUAGUCUGGAGACAAACUGCCGCGGCAUACGCUCUGCAGUUAAGUAAAGAAGACAAUUAUAUGAAAUCCAGUGAAUUCUUUCUCUCAGCGCACAUGGUUUACGAUGCCAUUGAUGUUCUCCGGAGAAACAACGCAUUUCAGGCAGCUCUAGCUAUAGCAAUAACUCGGCUACCGGAGUCUGACCCAUUGAUCCAAGAGCUGAUGGUUGGAUGGGCUAAGCAGGCGUCACAAAGUGGCAACCUACAGCUAGCCUCUAAAUGCUGGGUAGCGGCGGGUAGAAAUGAUAAAGCGGCGGAUACUCUCGGUAAAAUAUCCACGAAAAGUAGUUUAAAGGCUGCUAUUGUACUCUCAGAGGAUACUUCAAAGUCGGAGAUCUACGCUCGUCAACUCUAUACAGAGUGUUUGUUCUCCCUGGAUACAGAUCUCUGGUUUAGUGUCUCCGCUCUCAUCCCGUCCCUAGCUUGGGGUUCGAUACUCAUACUUGUAUUCUCUCACAUCCAUCUAUUGUUAAAAUCAGACAAAUCCGUGUCCGAGCAUCUCUUUGCUCUGAUUGAGACAACAUGUAGUGAGAAGAACGUAACCUGUGAUAAAUCCCAGAUCCCGGUUCUGAACCAGUUUAUUAAAACAACAACUACCAGUGACAAGUUCAAAGUUAGAAUCCUGCCUGUUGCAGGUUUUAUCUCUCAGGCAUUUAUCUCCAGGUCGGAUCCUCAGCUCUGUCUUAAACUCAUCUCACAAGGAUUAGCAGAGCUUCACUCAUAUCCUGGAGAACUCGAGAGAGUGAGUAAAUUCUUGCUCCCGGACGGAACCCAACCCCAGGAGGUUGGAAAAGUUCUCCUCUCUACAUCUCUAGACUGGCAGUGUAACUGGCCAGAACUAAGGAAUAUUCAGUGCAGUGAGGCACUGUCCGUACUGAAGUCGAAGGAAACAGUGUGGAACGAGCAGGUGAUGAUGGACGUAGCAGACGCUUUCAUGCAGGAGGACGUCAUCUUCUCACAGAAAAUCAUAGCAGAAAUCUCCGAGGCCGAGGAGGCUCUGUCAACCUUCGACCCAGAGAAGGAGUCUUUACCUCUGGAGAACGGAGACGCUAAUGGAACCUCGGAAUCAGGAGAAGUAAUAGAUUUAACUCCUAGUCUGACCGGAACACAAACUGUUAGUCUAGGAGGAGACGGGAACUGGAAGAGUGAUGGUAUAUCUGCUGAGAUAGCUCUCCCUCCUCAAGGUUUAGACAACCUUCCUCCUCCUCCUAAACCCACAACAUCCUUCUAUGUCCGGUUUCUCCAAGGAAGGUCUGACUCGUUAAAAGCUCAAGAGGAGAUACAGAAACUGAAAUGGAUUCUCUCUAAACAGAGUGCCCUAUUAGUACCCUACCCUGAUCUCACUCAGUGCUGUAGAGAUCUGCUUUUGAUCAUCCUAGAGAAGAAGCUCGGGAGCGUGAGUCAGGAGGAGGAGGAGGAGGAGAAGAAGUUGUCCUUCAGUAAGAAGUUGGCAAGGUUUGGUUAUUACAAGGGAACAAGGAUAAAUCAACAAUUCUUUCUUAAACAUUCGUAAAUUUUUUAUUUCAGAA